UCCCUGGUCCCUGCACUGCAAAUCUGCAAUAGUGUAAUUGGUGACGGUCAGGUCAAUUCCUUGGUGGUAGCCAAAUAAGUACCGGACGGCCAACGUACGUAAUAAUGCUUUUCUUCUACGAUUAUCACUCUCGAGUCACCCCUCUGCUCUGCGUCGUCUCGUCACUCGUCACUCGCCACUCGCCGCUGCGAAAUCUCUAAUGCUCCAUCUCUUUAACAGAGGCCCUCAAUCUACUCCAAAUUUACGUUUCAAACCAUCCUAAACCCACCGCCAUUCGUCGUCCCAUUCCCUCCAUCCUCUUCAACUACUCGUCUCCUCUGCUUCCUGCACACUCUAACUCUUUCAGGGGAGCCUCUCCAUAUUCCACCUCAUAAAUACAUGGAUCCUCUCUCUGCUCUCCGCGACUUCACCACUCGUGGUGAGUUGGAUAAAAUCGUCCGUGUCGGCGACGAGUUUCGUUUCGGCAACGAUUAUGCUUUCCCCUGCACUGCCGAAACCGCCUACCGAUCCAAGCAAGGUAAUCUCUAUACCCUCGAGACCCUUGUUUAUUAUGUUAAGAACCACCACAUCAAGCACACGGAAUAUCUGCAGAACUCUCGCACGCAGAAAAUCCCAGCAGUUACCUUACCCGACCGUAAACCUUUGCUUGAGUACCUCCAAGGCAAGGUUUCCUCUAACGAUGCAAUAGAAUUCGUCGUCCUUCAAAACCCUAAGAUAUCCGAUGCACUCUCCAUCGACGUUGAGGAGUAUCGACCCGAGGACCCCGGGUUGGUCGGAAAUCGGGCACCCGCCGAAGAAGAGGAAGACGAAAAAUCUAGGGUUAGGGUUCCUGAGAAGGUCGAUUACAUCUCGAUGAUUAACGCUCUCGAGAGGCCCUUGAAGGAUCGGGAAAUGCUGUUGGAGUGUAGGCACAGAGAUUUCUAUAGUGUUCUCGUCGCUUCAACGAGGCGGGAGGAGGAGCGGCAGCGGAUGGAAUCGCAGCAGAGAAAGGAUGGAUUGGUUGCCAAGAGUAGGUUAAUGGGAGCGGAUGAGAGGGGCUUAGGGUUUUGGAAGGAUGGGGAGGAGUUGGGAUUUGAUGGGACGCCGAAGCCCAAAAUGCACUUAAAGGGGAGCAAGAUCGGCGAAGGGGUGCCUAUAAUUAUGGUCCCAAGUGCAUUUCAGACAUUGAUUACUAUUUAUAAUGUGAAGGAGUUCUUGGAGGAUGGUGUGUUUAUCCCUACCGAUGUGAAGGUGAAGCAGAUGAAGGGGGCGAAGCCGGAUUGUGUUACAGUGCAGAAGAAGUUUAGUCGUGAUCGGGUGGUUACUGCAUAUGAGGUCAGGGAUAAGCCGUCAACUUUGAAGGCAGAGGAUUGGGAUAGGGUGGUUGCUGUUUUCGUAUUGGGGAAGGAGUGGCAAUUCAAGGACUGGCCUUUUAAGGAUCAUGUUGAGAUAUUUAACAAAAUUAUUGGAUUUUUUAUGCGAUUUGAAGAUGACAGCGUUGAGUCUGCAAAAAUUGUGAAACAGUGGAAUGUGAAGAUAAUCUCGAUUAGCAAGAAUAAGAGGCAUCAGGAUAGGGCUGCAGCACUUGAGGUGUGGGACAGGCUAGAAGCAUUUGUGCGGUCACGAUCACAUACUUGAAGUGCCCAAAUUUGAGUAGUAGUUCUGUCAGAUUCAUCCUAAUUGGGCGUUACACCAAGCAGUACCUCAAACAGAUUUUCAUUCACAUGGCACAUAUGCAAUUGAGGUGAGGGUGGGAUUCAAGGCAGAUUUCGAAAAUGGCAUUGCAUAACGCGGCAAUAGCACGGGAUUCCCUUUCAGUCUCUCUCCCUCUCCCUGGCGAAACUAGGACUACAUGUUAUUCAUUUUUCCUAAUCUAUCUAUGUUUUGCUUGUCUGUACAUUUCUGAUCUGAUGUUAUGCAGUCAAUGUGGAAUCAGAAGAAUGUUAGAACGUCACCCACCUCUUCUGGGAGGUAGACAUAACCACUUGAUACAUCAGUUUCUUCGUUUCGAUUUUCGUCAAGUUUGUGUAUAAUUUUCCUUGUGUAUGAAUAUGAAUAGUUUUAUUUUUUGGCAAGAAAGUGUGAUAAACUGUA